AAUGAAUCAACCACAAUGGUUUCCAGAGUAAACUAUUUGAAGGUCUAUAAUGUAUUGUGUUCUUUGGCAUUAUCUAAUAUUUAUAUUUUUGUUCUUUUCCAGACAUAUUCGGGCCUCUUCUGCGUGGUGGUGAACCCGUACAAGAGGCUGCCGAUAUACACGGAGAAGAUAAUGGAGAGGUAUAAGGGCAUCAAACGACACGAGGUGCCGCCACACGUGUUCGCCAUCACCGACACAGCCUACCGUUCUAUGUUACAAGAUCGGGAGGAUCAGUCUAUUCUAUGCACAGGCGAGUCUGGUGCUGGCAAGACGGAGAACACAAAAAAGGUGAUACAGUACCUAGCGUACGUUGCCGCGUCGAAACCCAAAGGAUCUGGAGCGGGGCCGUCGCCACAGUUGAUCAUAGGCGAAUUGGAGCAACAACUGUUGCAGGCUAAUCCAAUCCUAGAAGCGUUCGGUAAUGCGAAAACAGUGAAAAACGACAACUCCUCAAGAUUUGGUAAAUUUAUUAGAAUAAACUUCGACGCGUCGGGCUUCAUUGCGGGCGCGAAUAUCGAAACGUACCUAUUAGAAAAGUCAAGAGCAAUAAGACAAGCGAAAGAUGAAAGGACAUUCCACAUCUUCUAUCAGCUUCUAGUCGGCGCUACACCUCAACAGAAGGCGGAGUACAUUCUAGAAGAUCCCAAGAGUUAUCCAUUCUUGUCAAAUGCAGCGUUGCCUGUACCAGGUAUCGAUGACGCUGCAGAGUUCCAAGCGACUAUCAAAUCGAUGAAUAUUAUGGGCAUGAAUAUGGAGGACUUCAACUCCAUAUUCAGAAUAGUCUCAGCCGUACUUCUGUUUGGAUCUAUGCAGUUCAAACAGGAAAGAAACUCGGAUCAGGCUACUUUACCAGACAACACUGUUGCUCAAAAAAUCGCACAUUUAUUAGGUCUUUCGGUGACUGAAAUGACGAAAGCUUUCCUCAAACCAAGAAUCAAAGUGGGCCGCGAUUUUGUAACGAAAGCACAGACAAAAGAACAAGUGGAAUUCUCAGUUGAGGCUAUUGGCAAGGCGUGCUACGAGCGCCUGUUCAGAUGGCUAGUCAACAGGAUCAAUAGAUCCUUAGACAGAACGAAGAGGCAAGGGGCUUCAUUCAUCGGCAUCCUCGAUAUGGCCGGUUUCGAAAUCUUUGAGCUCAACUCGUUCGAGCAGCUCUGCAUCAACUACACGAACGAGAAGCUCCAGCAGCUCUUCAACCACACCAUGUUCAUCCUGGAACAGGAAGAAUACCAACGUGAAGGCAUCGAGUGGAAAUUUAUCGAUUUCGGUUUGGAUCUUCAACCGACCAUCGACCUCAUCGAGAAGCCUAUGGGCAUCAUGGCCCUGCUGGACGAGGAGUGUUGGUUCCCCAAAGCCACGGACAAAUCUUUUGUCGAGAAGUUGGUAUCGGCUCACUCUGUCCAUCCGAAAUUUAUGAAGACGGACUUCCGUGGUGUUGCCGAUUUCGCCGUUAUCCACUACGCCGGCAAAGUGGACUACUCCGCCGCCCUCUGGCUUAUGAAGAACAUGGACCCUCUUAACGAAAAUGUUGUGUCGCUCUUGCAAAACUCGCAGGAUCCCUUCGUGUGCCACAUCUGGAAGGAUGCCGAGAUCGUGGGCAUGGCGCAACAAGCGAUGACCGACACACAGUUCGGUGCGCGAACGAGAAAGGGCAUGUUCAGAACAGUGUCACAGUUAUACAAAGAACAGUUGACAAAGCUGAUGGCUACCCUCAGAAAUACGAACCCCAACUUCGUGAGGUGUAUUAUACCUAACCACGAAAAGAAGGCAGGCAAAAUCGAAGCACCUCUGGUUUUGGAUCAGCUGAGAUGCAAUGGUGUACUCGAGGGUAUCAGGAUAUGCAGGCAAGGUUUCCCCAACCGUAUUCCAUUCCAAGAGUUCAGACAACGAUACGAGUUGCUGACUCCCAACAUUAUACCCAAAGGUUUUAUGGAUGGAAAGAAAGCUUGCGAACAGAUGAUCGAGGCUUUGGAACUGGAUCACAACCUGUAUCGCGUGGGACAGUCGAAGAUCUUCUUCCGAGCUGGAGUGCUUGCGCAUCUUGAAGAAGAGCGAGACUACAAGAUUACAGACCUGAUCGUGAACUUCCAGGCAUUCUGCCGGGGCUUCCUCGCAAGGAGAAACUACCAGAAGAGACUGCAACAGUUGAACGCUAUUAGAAUCAUCCAAAGAAAUUGCGCUGCGUACUUAAAGCUGAGGAAUUGGCAGUGGUGGAGACUGUAUAUCAAGGUGAAACCACUGCUGGAGGUGACGAAGCAAGAGGAGAAGUUGACUCAGAAGGAAGACGAGCUGCGUCAGAUCCGCGACAAGUUGGACACGCAGAUGAAGCGGUGCCAGGAGUACGAGCAGAAGUACCAACAAGCCAACGCAGAGAAGACACAGCUGGCCGAGCAGUUACAGGCCGAGUUGGAGCUGUGUGCGGAGGCGGAGGAGAGCCGGGCGCGCGCCGCGGCCCGCAAGCAGGAGCUGGAGGAGCUGCUGCACGACCUGGAGGGCCGCAUCGAGGAGGAGGAGGAGCGCUGCAACGCGCUGCAGCAGGACAAGAAGCGGUUGCAGCUCAACAUACAGGAUUUGGAGGAGCAACUAGAGGAGGAGGAGGCAGCGCGACAGAAGCUGCAGCUGGAGCGUGUGCAGUGCGACUCCAAGCUCAAGAAGUUGGAGGAGGACCUCGCGCUCAGCGACGACACCAACCAGAAACUCGUCAAGGAGAAGAAGAUCUUGGAAGAGCGAGCAAACGAUCUAUCACAAGCACUGGCUGAAGAGGAGGAGAAAGCGAAGCACUUGAGCAAGCUGAAGGCGAAACAGGAGUCCGCCAUCGCCGAGCUGGAAGAGAAACUGCUCAAGGACCACCAACUGCGACAAGAGGUGGACAGGGCGAAGAGGAAGCUGGAGACAGAGUUGCAGGACGUGAAGGAACAGCUCGGCGAGAGGAAGGCCCAGCUGGAGGAGUUGCAGAUCGUGCUCAGCAAGCGCGAGGAGGAGCUGGCGGCGGCGGCGGCGCGCGCGGACGAGGAGGCGGCGCUGCGCGCGGCGGCGGGCAAGGCGGCGCGCGAGGCGCAGUCGGCGCUGGCGGACGCGCACGACGACCUGGACGCCGAGCGCGCCGCGCGCACCAAGGCCGAGAAGCUGCGCCGCGACCUCAACGAGGAGCUCGAGGCGCUCAAGUCCGAGCUGCUCGACUCGCUCGACACCACCGCCGCUCAGCAAGAGCUAAGAUCGAAGCGGGAACAAGAGGUGGCGGUGCUGAAGCGCAGCUUAGAGGAGGAGGCGGCCGCCCACGAGGCCACGCUCGCCGACCAGCGGCACAAGCACUCGCAGGAGCUGCAGCAGCUCAACGAGCAGCACGAGCAGAUCAAGAAGGCCAAAGCCGCGCUGGAGAAGGCGAAGGCGAGCCUGGAGGCGGAGAACGCGGACCUGGCGACGGAGCUGAAGGCGGCGGGCGCGGCGCGCGCCGACGGCGAGCGGCGCCGCAAGCAGGCCGAGGCGCAGCUGGCCGACCUCGCCGCCAAGCUGCAGGACGUCGACCGCACCAGGGCGGAGGCGCAGGAGAAGUGCACGCGGCUGCAGGCGGAGGCGGAGCAGGCGCUGCAGCAGCUGGAGCGCGCCGAGCUGAAGGCCUCCGCCGCGCACAAGCAGGCCGCCACCGCCGGCGCACAGCACGCUGAGGCCCAGGCUCUCCUCGAAGAGGAGACGAAACAGAAGCUGUCUCUGCAGACGAAGCUCCGCAACGUGGAACAGCAGUUAGAGCAAGCGCGCGACCAGCUCGAAGAAGUGGAGGAGGCUAAGAGGAACUUUGAGAAACAGGUAACGGCCCUGACUCAACAAGUGGCCGAUGCAAAGAAGAAGGCAGAAGAGGAAGCAGAGGUGGCCGCCGCACUCGAGGAACAGCGCAAGAAGCUUAGCAAAGAUGUGGAGGCGCUGUACCGACAGAUCGACGAGCUGCAGCAGGCCAACGACAAACUAGAUAAAAGUAAAAAGAAGAUCCAGGCGGAACUGGAGGAUACGAACAUCGAGUUGGAAGCGCAACGCGGCAAAGUUAUGGAGUUGGAGAAGAAGCAGAAGAACUUUGAUAAGGUGGUGUCGGAGGAACGUGCGGUGGCCGAGCGGUAUGCUGCCGAGCGCGACGCGGCCGAGAGGGACGCCCGCGACAAGGAGACCAGGGUGCUGUCGCUCACGCGGGACCUCGACGAGGCCGCCGAGAAGAUCGAGGAGUUGGAGCGCACCAAGCGCCUCCUCCAGUCCGAACUGGACGAGUUAGCGAACACGCAAGGCACCGCCGACAAGAACGUACACGAACUUGAAAAGGCGAAGCGUGCGCUCGAGUCGCAGCUGGCCGAGCUGAAGGCGCAGAAUGAGGAGAUCGAGGACGACCUGCAGCUCACUGAAGACGCCAAGCUGCGCCUCGAAGUCAACAUGCAGGCCAUGCGAGCGCAGUUCGAACGCGACCUACAGGCCAAAGAGGAGCAGGGCGAGGAGAAGCGGCGCGGCAUCGUGAAGCAGCUGCGCGACCUGGAGGCCGAGCUGGAGGAGGAGCGCAAGCAGCGCGCCGCCGCCGCCGCGCAGCGCAAGAAGCUCGACGCAGACCUCAAGGACGCCGAGCAGGCGCUGCACCUCGCCAACAAGCUGAAGGAGGAUGGCACGAAGCAAGUGAAAAAGCUGCAGCAGCAACUGAAGGAGGCGGCGCGCGAGGCCGAGGAGGCACGUGCCGCCCGUGACGAUGCAGCCGCUGCCGCACGCGACGCCGACCGCCGUCUCAAGGCGCUGGAGGCGGAGGCGCUGCAGCACGCGGAGGAGCUGGCGGCGGCCGAGCGCGCGCGGCGCCAGGCCGAGGUCGAGCGCGACGACCUGCUCGACGAGCUCAACAACUCCUCCGCCAAGGGCACACUUCUCGUGGACGAGAAGAAGCGCUUAGAGGCGAGGAUAGCGGCGUUAGAAGAGGACCUGGACGAGGAGCAGUCCAACAAUGAAAUACUAAACGACAGGCUCAGGAAGGCGCAGAUGCAGAUCGACCAAGUGACGAUGGAGCUCGGCACAGAGAAGUCGGCGACGCAGAAGCUGGAGAGCAGCAAGCUGGUGCUCGAACGGCAAAACAAGGAGCUGAAGGCCAAACUCGCUGAGCUGGAGACCGCCGCACGCACCAAGACGAAGAGCGUGAUCACAUCUCUAGAGCUGAAGGUUGCCAACCUGGAGGAGCAGCUGGAGGCGGAGUCGAGGGAGCGGCUCGCGCAACAGAAGGCGUCGCGUAAACUCGACAAGAAGAUGAAGGAGCUAGCUCUCCAACUUGACGAGGAGCGUCGCCACGCCGACCAGUACAAGGAACAGAUAGAGAAGAUGAACGUGCGCGUGAAGGCGCUGAAGCGGCAGCUAGACGAGUCGGAGGAGGAGGUGCAGCGCGAGAAGGUCGGCAAGCGCAAGGCGCAGCGCGAGCUCGAGGACCUGCUCGAGACGCACGAGACGCUCACGCGCGAGUGCAACAACCUGCGCAACAAGCUCAGACGGCAGGGCGGCGCGAUCGGCCUGUCGAGCGGGUCGUCGUCCUCCCGCAUGAAGCGCACCAGCCUCGCGCCCGGCGCCGGCUCCGGCGACGAGUCCUUCGACGACGUCAACGACACCGCCAACAGCGUCGAGUGAACGCACCCGCCCUCCCCACACCCCCGCCUCCCCGCGACCCCGCCGGCGACGCCCUGUGUGGACGGAAAGGCUGACAGUAGUACAAUCGGCUUCGUAUUUACGUGACGGUUAAUCAACAUAACUGGUAUAGAACACUUGUAGAGUUUUUUUUUAUAACUUACCUAUCUCCUAUGUUACAUAGAGACAAAAAUUUUACAUUAAAUUUCCAACGCAAUAAUGGUUAAAUCAUAUAUGAAACCGUACCAUAUAUUUAUGAAUUAAAGGUAUAAAAAAUCUUAGGUAGGUUCAAAUAUGUUAAGAGUAUGCAUAUAUAUAUAUAUAUAUAUAUAUAUAUAUAUAUAUAUAUAUAUAUAUAUAUAUAUAUAUAUAGACAGACAGACAGACAGUAUGUGUAAACUCGGAUUUGUUUCCUUUAUGGAUUCUUCUAUUAUUUUUACAUUUUGGUCUAUACGAAGUCGAUUGUACAUUUAGAAACGGAACUUAAUUUUUUUUGAGACAAAAUUGAGGUGAUACUUAACAUUGUUAUUGUAGUUACGUUUUGCAUGCUUAUGAAAAAUCAUGUAUUUUUAAAUGAGAUUUUUUUCUGACAUUGGUUGUAGGGUGCGUUCACACCAAACGUACAGUGGUUCACAGUGAGCGGACUCUAAGAUCUUAGAGUAGACAAGACAAGGGUCAUUUUGCAUUACAAUAAAAGUAGAACAAUAAUUGACCGUCGGUUCGGUGUGAUUCGAAGGCUGUAAAGAAACCGGACUGCCAACUGGUGGCUGACUGUACGUUCAGUGUGAACGCUUCCUUAGAAUCUGUAGUAUUAUAUAAUAAAUGUAGCUAAGUGUCUCGUCUUUUCGUCCACCAACGGUGGGCCCGCAUAUUUCUAUUGGAAUAAUAUUGACAGACAUUCUGUGAAACCUGUUGUUACGCAUUCUUAUUUAUUAACAUUAUGGUUAUAAGAUUUACACCCAUUUUGUAUUUUAUGUGUGACAGACAGUGCAAUAUUACAUGGUGACCCAUUUGCAGAUGUCAUGUGUUUAGGGCAAAAUUAAUAUUGUAUACGAAAUAAUGGUGUAAACAAUACUUUCACAGAGCGAUUUCUGCGGAUCUGUCGCUAGUUCUGAAAGGGUUUUAUUGUACUAUCAAAUAUAGAACAAUGUCUAGAAUUGACCCUGUUUUUAAAGUCAGUGAAGAGUCAUUAAGUUAGGAAUGACCUAGUGACAUCGUUGACUUUUUAUUAGGUAUAUUUUUUGAUAAUUUGACAGUGCAGUAAGCCCCUUAAAACAGUUUGUCCCACAAUCUCCCGUCAUAACUUGAUUACUACGUAUGAUACAUCAGACGUAGUAUACGCAAGCUUUUGUAUUUUAUAUCUAUAUUUAUAUAACGCGUCUGUCUGUUCGUAUUGUAGAAGUUUCGAGUGCACAUUAGUGACCGCGGGUGCUCAUACGUCCCUGGAAGCAUUAAACAGUCGUUGAAUCUCUAUUGUGUAUCAAUUGGAAGAACACGCCAGUAUUAAUGACAAAACAAAACAUUCCUGACAACCGAGGGUUCUGUUUUACCGAAACAUAGUCGUAAUCGGUAGAAUGACAAAUUACUCAUUGGGUGAUAUGUAAUGAAAUUUAAAAGUAUUAAUAAUUGUGGCAAAGCUAAAUUUCUUCUUCUUCUUUUUUUUUUUUGUAUGCAUUUAACGCGACUGAAUAGGAAAGACUGUUGCGACAAUACACAGGAGCCCAUUGGUACCCUCCGCUGGCCGCGCGCCCGCUGAGCAUGCUCGGACAUGCUCGGACAUGCUCGGACACGGCACUAUACAUGAUGUAAAUAAUAUCAGUGUGUAUUCACUGAGCGCUUAGUUGCCAUACAAUUAAUGAUAGUUAAUAAGUAAGGUCAUGUACGCUUUGGCUGUGGAGGCUCGUCGCCGUAUUCGAUCCAUUUUCGAAGGUAAUUUUUGUGGCGUCGAGGCUUAUUCUCGACGACUGUCUAUCCGUUUGCUCAGUACAAAUUUUUGUAGCUCCACUUUAUUGUGAACGGCGAACACGUCGACGUGGCUCCAUAGGUGUUUUAAUCGAGACCAUUUUAUUAAUUUCCCUUACCAAUUUUUGUACCCUAAUAAUAUUUUAACAUGUUACAAUGUAAAUACAUCUAGACGGUGGCAAAUGUAAAUUUGUUUUCAUAUCAAACGGUAUUAUUGUCUGGCGAAAGUUGGCGCUAGAAUACGGCUUGCUUAUUCUAGAAUUAGAUAAGAUUCAUAGUAAUAAAUUGUGGCCUUAAGUUUUUUAUUAUGGACUAUGCGUUAAGAGGCGUGCCGCGCCUCGUGUCGCACUCGAGCCGCGGCGCCCCGCUAUAGACUUUGUCAUUUGUAUCUUGCAUUUUUACGAUUUAUUUACUUGAUCCCUUAUUGUAAUGAUCCAUUUUUUAAUUAUACAGCUUCUGUCCGAAUAAUAAUAGAAAUUUAAAUGUAAGUAAACAAUUCAGAAACAAACUUAUAUUACAUAUAUAUUUUAUUUAAUUAUUAACAAUAUUGAUAAUUGUAAAAUUGGCCAUAGGUUGUAACAAGUGGUAUGCCAAUUAAACAAUUUUUCAUGAUUUUUUA